AUGAAAGUACACAAACUUGAUGAUUCAGUGAUUGGCCAAAUCAAGUACCAUCUUCACUUUAAUACAUUCCACUCAAUUGUGGAAUCAAUUUUGGGUCAGUGCCUUCAAUACAGAGCCACAAGAAUCGAAAUAAAGAUUGAUUUCCAAUCACUUGCAAUAUUCGUGCAAAGCAAUGACGUUGGAUUGACACCUGAACAAUUAGAAGAGCUUUGCACCAGCAACAAAUUUGGGGGACUUGAAGUUGUAUCAAACCUCAAAAUAAUCUCCAAGUCUCAGCAAUACAAUUGUCCUUACAAAAUCAUCGCCACAAAAAACCCCAAGGCUCAACUAUGCAGUGAAACGACCGAUUUGAACACUAGCUACUGUAAUCUAGAUCCAUUGGGGCACCAUGGUACUAUAUAUAUUGUGUCCAACAUUUUCAACAAUUUACCAGUGAGAAAAGCCCAACUUAAGGCAACACCAGUGUACAAAAUCGUAGAUGGAAUCAAGAUGGUUUUACUUAAAGUUCUAUUUAAUAAUUAUCAAGUGGAAAAAGUCAAUUUGGAAUUGUAUAAUCUGCAAAAGUUCAAGUUUGAAGAGAUUGUGUCAACAAAUGCAGCAUCUGAGGUAAAGUUGUUGCAAGAUCUAUUCGAUAUAGAAGUUCAAUUUAAGCCAGUUAAAGCCAGCUUCAAACACUAUUACAUUGACGGGGUAAUUGGAUUACAAACAACAAGAUCCAAAGGUCAUCAAUACGUGUUUGUAAACAAUCAGUUGAUGCCAUUGUCGAAAAGUGAAGUCGCAGCCAUCAAUGAUAUAUUUGAAGAUUUUGGUGAAAAGGAUCCCAGUCCAAAGAGGAAGACUGUGCAAGCUUAUGCCACAUUUCUAAUGUCAAUAACAUGCAACAAGGAAGUAACUAAAGACUCCUAUUCGUGGCUGGUUGUAAUCGACUUGUUGAAGCGAGUGUUUGCCAAAUUUGUACGUAUGGGUUUACUGAAAAAACCAUUAACGAAUGAGCAUGUCUUUACUCUUCUGCCAUGUCCCAAGAGAGCAAAGACGGACAAAUUUAUCCUAAAUACAAAUGUCCGAUGGGGUGAUGUCAACAGUAAAGAAAUCGAAGGCAUGGUUAGUUGUGGCAAAUCGCAUCAUAUAAAGCCGCGGUUGCAACCACCAAGAACCACCAUCACAACUCACCGAUUCAACUAUCAUCAUCAUCACCAUCAACAGCACCAAAGCGACUCUCCCACGACAGCUGGCUAUGAACUAACUCAUUUUGCAAAGCUACGUCUUUCAAAGUAUCGAAUCAUUAAACAGAUUGACAAGAAAUUCAUCCUUGUUGUCAUUGACAACAAGUUAGUUGUGUUGGACCAACAUGCCACUGACGAAAGAAUCAAGGUUGAAGAGUUGAUGCAAGAGUUUGUCUCGAACUUGCCGCAAAAUCUACGACUUGCACAUCCAAUGCGAAUAAAUGUGACAUCAAGUGAACAUCUUAUCUUGCAGCAAUACCUGGCCAAUUUCAAAUCAUGGGGAAUAAUUUACCAUUUCGAUGAGGGAGAUAACGAUUUGGUAGUGACAAACGUACCUCAACUUCUCAUGAAUAACGCAAGUGACCAACAGUUUAUCAAAAAUGCCUUGUUGCAACAUUGCUACGAUUUGCAAAACAAUGUCAAGAAUCAGUUAUUCCAUGACAGUAGACACGAUUGGUUUACAAUAAUGUUUCAUGUGCCACAAUUUAUCAUCAAUGUAAUCAAUUCUCGAGCUUGUCGAUCGGCAGUUAUGUUUGGUGAUGGAUUAUCCAAACUGGAAAUGCGAGACUUGAUUGAUAAAUUGAGUAAAUGUAAAUUACCAUUUCAAUGUGCUCAUGGUCGGCCGUCUAUAGUACCAUUAGUUAAUCUACAUAGUAAUGAAUAA